GAGUGCUUCAUUCAGUGAAAAUUCUGAGCUCCAGGGUCCCAGGCUGGACCUUAAUGUCACCAGCAACUCUUCCAAAAUUCUGAGCAGCUCAGGAGUGUCGGGUUUGCGUGGCAUGGGCUGGUAGAUGUUAGAAAGGUCAGAAUGCUGUGCCCAGAAAUUGCUGAAGAGAUUUUUCUGUUGUGCUGACCAGUUGCUGAGGCUGGAUACCCACCUUGGGCCAGGGUGGGAGGGAAGCGGACCUCCCUGAGACUUCCUGUGACUGAGGGCUUCAAGUGUCCUCUUGCCUGGCAGGAUCUCCUGCCUCUGCUGUCCUCAACUCAAGGGCUUGGAGAGGACUUUCUCCAGGUUUUCCUGUGGUCUUGAGACUCCAUGAGGGUUAAUGUCUUACAGAGUCCCUUCAGAGGUUUUUAUUUGGUUUUCUCUUUAUUUUUUUUUACUUUGGUUUUCUGAGACAGGGUCUCAGUAUAUAGCCCAUUUCGACCUUGAACUCAUAGCAGUCCUCUUGCCUCAGCCUCCUAAGUGCUGGAAUUACAGGUGUGUUCCACCAUACCUGGCUUCAGAGUAUAUUGAAAUCUUACUUUACUAUUUUCCCAUAUACAAAACUUUCUUUGGGACUUGGGGGGCCUCAGUGGUAGACUUGCCUAGCAUGUGUGAGGCCCUGAGUUUGAUCUACAACUCCACAAACACAAAGCCACAAACCCUCUCCUCUCAUCCUCUUUUUGAAGGCCACUGGUUUUUCUUUCUGCCUUUGAUGUUUUAAAGCAACUUUGUUUCUUGCAUAGAUGUACUUUGUGUAUUUUGGGCAUGGCUAAGAACCAACCCUGUCCUACCCACAUACUCAGUUCAUGAAAAGUGCAUCACGCUAGGAAAGCAGAACUAACCUGCAGCCUACCCAGGCCUCGCCUUCCAUGCAAGCCGGCUGCUGAGGAGUUGGCUGGGCAGAUGGUGACCAAGUCGUUCCAGAGAAGGUCCAGGGUUCCCCUGCAGAGCGGGGUCCCUUGCUUGAAGAAGCAAGCAUGGUCUGUGUGACACCAUGAUGGAAUGGGAGCUAGCAGGGAGUGGUGUGCGGGUGUGGUCCAGGAGCCCUGCAAGGAGCUUCUUUCUUGGCCUCACCUGUUAAGACCAAUCCCAGGCUUUCAAGGGCUGGGGGCUAGGAAUGGAGUAUCUCUGGACCCUUUGCUUCCACCCUUUCAUUUCUCUGGGGAAUCUGGCCCAAAGGCAGACUCAUCUCCAAGUUCUAUCACAGCAGAGAAGCACAUUAGGUAGGCAGUGUGUCUACAUCCACACAGUCCCCGAGUGUCAUCCUUAAGAUGGCCAAGGAAGCAGAAAAUGCCCUACGCUCAGACCCUGCUAGUUGCCUUUGCUGGGACCCCACAGGGGCCCUGUGGAAUGAUUUUCUCUCACUGGUCUUGGAGACCCAGAAGCCAUGUAAGGUGGGUGUGGUGGGCUGAAGGCCAGCAUAGAGUGGGGUCCAAGCCAGGGAGGGGCUCAUCCUGCCACUCUGGUACCCCGACCUUGUAGAGAGAGUCAGCCGACCUUUGUGGGGUCCCCUGGGGCCUGAAGCCCUGUCCUAUAUGUAUCUGGCCACCUCCAUGUCCCAACACUUGUCAUGAAGGCAUCUCCUUAGUAGAAAGAGCCCUGCAUUGAGCUCUGGGCUGCGUUCAGAGUCCUGUCUCCCAAAGGCCCAACCAGAGGCCCCUUCCCACCACCUUCCUUUUCCGCAGCCCGAGGGCCCCCAGGGGAAGGAGGGGCGUCCUGUGUGGGAAUGUGAGCAGGCUCUGUAAACAGCCGGUGACUCACCACAUAGCUAUGUCACUGACGCUGGCUGAAGAGAUGCCCGCCCCUCCUCCCUGGGCACGGGAAAGUUUCUCAGGCCGCUUCCAGGCUCCUGGCGCCUACAGUCCCUCACAGGGUGGUAGGAGCUGUGGCGUCUCUAUGUCACUGUAUGCCAGCCAUGAGAUGGAGUCAUGUUUUGUCAUGAAAGCAGGGCUCACCUCCCAGUGGAGUCACAGAGAGCUGCUGCUCAUCCCAUUCAGGCCCAGGUGUAAGCCAUCAGGGUGCUCACUUUGUCUCUCCGGUCUCAGAGCAAGGACAUCUGCAGCUCUCUCAGGCCUGCCUCAGACCAGGGUGCCCGGUCCCAAAGCCCCAAGCCCAGACCGUCUCAGGUACGAUUUCUAAGCGGCUUUGCCCUGGUGACUGUGCCCAGGUUAUGACGACGAAUCCCAAACCGAAUAAGGCAUUAAAGGUAAGUCAGGUCAAGAAGGAGGCGGGUGAGAACGCCCCGGUGCUCAGCGAUGAUGAGCUGGUGUCCAUGUCAGUGCGGGAGCUGAACCAGCACCUGAGGGGGCUCACCAAGGAGGAGGUGACUCGCUUAAAGCAGCGGCGGCGCACACUCAAGAACCGCGGCUACGCAGCCAGCUGCCGCAUCAAACGGGUGACACAGAAGGAAGAGCUGGAGCGGCAGCGGGUGGAGCUGCAGCAGGAGGUGGAGAAGCUGGCACGUGAGAACAGCAGCAUGCGGCUGGAGCUCGAUGCCCUACGGGCCAAGUAUGAGGCCCUGCAGACCUUUGCCCGCACUGUGGCCCGUGGACCCAUCACACCCACCAAGGUGGCCACCACUAGCGUCAUCACCAUCGUCAAGUCCGCCGACAUCUCUACUUCUGUGCCCUUCUCAGCUGCAUCCUAGUGCCUGCUGGGGCCGCGUCCCCAAUGCCUGCUCCUGGAUCCCCACAAACUGAGCAUCUAAGCACUGUGGACCCCUUGGGGCCAAGGGCAGGGACAGCAGGACUGGUGGCCGGCCCAGGAUGGAGUGUAGGUUCUUGCAAGCUGGUGCCACCCACUGCCCACGUGCACACUCACACCCACACGCACACUCAUGCUAUCCCUUCUCCCUAGAUGUGUCUGUUUGCAAGAGUUGGAGUCCCAAGGCACUGCAUCCCCACAGGGUGCCAAGCUGCUGUGGCCAGGUGCAGGGGUUCAUCUUACAUGCCUCUGUGAGCACCCUGUAGGCCCCAUCCUACCAGCCAACCCCCACUAAACUCCGGCCACCCUAAACAGCAAGGGGCCUAUUGGUAGCUGUGAUCUUCCAGAUGUCCCCAUGGACAUGCACUGUGACCUGCUUUAGUUCUUAUGUUCACGCCUGGGCUCUGUGAGGCAGACUCGGGAAGGGCUGUCCAAGGAUGUGAGAGAGAGAGAGAGAGAUAGAGAGAGAGAGAGAGAGAGAGAGUAUGUGAGUGUGUGUUUGUUCCUCUGCCUGCCAUCACAGCAGUCAUGGCCACAGCACCAGCCUUGGAGGUGGGAAAGGCCUGUCAAGUAUGUGUCAGAGUGUAGUGUGCAUGUUGUGGAACGUCUCUGUGUUUUGAGACCCAAGGAGGUCAACCCAGGAGGCACAGGAUCUGACCCAGAGGUAGAGAUGCAGGCAAGAGUCUCCCAGCAGUCAGCAGAGAGCAGGCUUGGUCUUCCUGGAGUCACUGCUCGCUAGUUGUGCUCAGUGUGGGUGAGAAGUAGGUUUUGGGGGCCCUGAAGGGAAGGGCUGCUGUGGUCCAGAGAAGAGGUUGGUGGACAUUAAGGUGGCAGUGGAAGAUGUUCUGUGACUUCAAGGUUACUGGUAGACAUGGAGGUGGCAGUGGAGGAUACUCUAGCACAGGCCAGUGGUCAUCAAAGUUUCCAUUGUGGGAGAAGGCAGAGUUGUCAGGUGGGGAGGAUGGAGCAGGAGCCAGGGAGGGGGACCCAGGUCCUGGGAUGUGGAGGAGGCCUGGGAAGUGCUGUGUGGGGGUCAGAGGGCACUGGCUGGGACAGGCUCAUUGUGUCCAGCCCAGCCAGGCCUUCAAUGUGGUGCUUAACUGUUAUCGGCACCUCCUGCUCUCACCCUACAAACCUAAGCUGCUGAUGCUCUUGGAAUCUUUCUGGUUUCCUUCCCCUGAAAUCACCAGAGGGCCCCUCUGGGACAGGGACCUCAGCAGGGCCACCAUUGUGAGCUGGUGGGAUGCCAGCCCUGUGUUUUGCCAUCAGAAGCUCACAUGUGUGGUAAGCAGGGGUAGUGCAGAGACUUCAGUUUCCUCAUGGCUUGCCCUCCACCUACGUAGUGAGACCCGCAAACUGCCAAGUUCACUUGCAGGGUGUUGGUCACAUUGGGAGGAGGCCAGUGGAUAGCCCCAAAGGACAGACAGCCCCAAGGGCUGUGGCCUAGUUGUGUGUCUACUGUUAGGAGUGGAUGGAAGUGUCUGGGAGUCUGCAGCAGCAUCAGAAUAUAGCAGCUGGACAUCCUGGCCCCGGGGUGCUGAGGGCCAGCUAGGGUAUAGCCCAAGGCACGUGGGAUCCACAAAGAGCAAAGGCCCCACUGGGCACUUAAGAAAGCUGUUGUUACCAUAGCCAUGGUAGGUAAUCCAUAUUGGAUAUCAGUAAGGACCAUGGGGAAAUAUUUAAAGAAAGAGAAAAUAUAUAUAUAUAUAUAUAUAUAAUUAUAUACACGUUUUAUCUUACAGAUUUUUCAUAACAAUUUUUUCUUUCCAAUUUGAUACUGUAGGUCUUUGUUAGUGCAGAGCUUCAGGGGAUGGUGGGUGGGAUGGGACAAAUUGCCCUCCUUCCUGGGUUCUGCUGCUUGCUAUGGACAAAGGAUGCCUGCUCCCUAUCCUUGGUCUUCCUGCCUGCAGAUGGUGCCAGUCACGCUGGGCUCUGGAUAAGGCCUGACCCUAGAGGUGCUGUGCGUGGCCCAUCAGGGAAGUUCUGUCCAGUUUUGAGGUCCAUGUCCCCAUCUUGUAGGAUACAGCAGGCAGGUGACCACUGGCCUGGGUUGCUGCCCACUGUUAGCCCAUGGUGCCCUGCCCUUGAUUCCAGGGUGCAUGAUGCUGCCGUCCCCACCCAGAGCCUUGGGCCAGUGCCUGGGAAGGAAGCAGCACCUUCUGCUUGUUUGCAGACCCUUGAAAUUUCAUUGUCACAAUUAAAUAUAUUUGUUUUUUUAAUUAUUGUUUUUAAGGAGAAAGACAAGAACCUCUGUCUUUUGUGGGUUUGUUUUCUGUCUGGCACCUUGAACUUCCCAAAAAGGUAGGACUCUGCCUGCUAGGGUGGCCAGAACAUACAUGGCCCAGUCUGUCCUGGCCACCUGCUAUUCACAGUUCAUUUCAAUAUUUAUUUUUGUGCUACUUUUUCCCCAAUAUAAAUUAUUGAGAAGAGAUCAUAUGCUGUGGACCUUCGUCUGUGCCCACGCUGACCCUGUCUCAUGGUCACCACCUAAUUUAUUGCUGUACAUCUUGCCGCUGUGACUGCUUUUGUACCUUUGCAAUAAAGAACGUCCUGGUUUCAGGUUCUUUUGAUGGA